AUGCCGUACGCAAUCAAAGUCGGAAUAGUACAUCAAGGGAACAUGCCUCCAGCUGAACAACACAUGUCGAAUAACAUAGUCGACGGCCAGCUCGCCUUCUACAAAGUGGGGGAAAUCACGUUCGCAGAGCGUGAGCUCAGCAUAUUUGGCACUGGCGGAAAGAAACUGAAGGCCUUCUUCACCAUCCUACUCUACCUGCUCAACGCUCUCGACAACAGAAAUACCAUCACGUCCAACCACUUCAUCACCUGUGUGCACAGCCCAGCCUCGGAGGGAAGACCAACAAAGCAGAUCGGGCAUGAAAAAGAAGCAGGGGAACUGCGCAUCUUGCGGGGCGACAAUAUCAAAGCAAUCCAGGACUCCGAUAUCGUCAUGCUCGGCGUAGAUCUAGCAGACGCUGAGGCUACGCUGAAGCAAAACGGGCAAGAGGCGACAUUAUCAAAGCAGUCCAGGACUCCGAUAUUGUCAUUCUCGGCGUGGAUCCACCGUCCUAUUCUACUGUCGCGUGAUAUGGGUUUCGUUCUCGGCUUUCGGCAGAAGGGCCUUGUGAAAGGAGGAUACUGGGUGAAGCAUACAAUUACUUCCUUCACUCCUGUGGACUUGAUAAGAAUCAUGCUGUAG